GUGCGCGGAGCCAGCUCAGCUCGUCUCAGCCCGGCCGCGGGGAGCAGGGGGAAAACGCAACCUAGUCGGAAGCGAGUGAUGCUGGGCUGGCCCGUUACGGGCGUUCGGCUUCGGCUGCACCAAGUUAGGAAGCUCUUUGUCUUCCUACAUUAGUAGUAAGAGUCCUGGCUCAGUGGUAGACUAGAUCCUGCCUGCUGCCCAUGGCUUUCAGGGAUGUGAAUGCAAGGCAACACAUUGGACUUCAGCAACUCUCUUCCUUGGCCUUAGCUGGAAGAACAUUACUGGGGCCAGUGAAAUCGUGUAAAUUCAUUGUGGAUGAAAUCACCAAUGAAAGCACAUUGAUUUGUUCUGCUGUUAGACUGAUUGAAAGUUUGGAUUUAACUAGUGCUGCUGGACAGCUUCUUAACGAAACCAUUCAGGCACAAACCAAGGAGUUUAAGACUGGAAUGAGUACCCUGUUGUUUCUUGUUGGUGCGUGGAGCAAUGCUAUAGUGGAAUGCCUCCAGCAAAAUGUUCCGGUUUCAGCAAUAGUAUCUGUGAUGUCUGAGGGGUUGAACUCUUGCUGUGAGAGAGUCCAGUGUCUUCAAAUAUCAAUACAUGAUGUAAAGAAAGAGCUCUGUUCUAGCAGUGUUAGGCCAAAUGCUUCUAAAAGCAAAACUUGCCAAACUGGAUGUGACAGUCCUCCAAAUUCCCAGCUUUUCCUGUAUUUUCAGAAAGAUAUUUCUGUACCAGAAAUAAUUCCAAUUAAUUCCUAUUCCCAUCAAGAUGAUGAUUGUAAUUUUAACAAGUACCUGGUUUCGCCUUUGCCUGGCUUUGAUUCAGUCGCUUCUCUUGUCAAACCAGCGGGUGACAAGAGUACAUCUGUGAUUUCUGGAAGUGGUGUUACCACAUCUAGCUGUAACAAACGAAAGCUGACCCACAGCAGGUACUUCAGCACUCUAGGAAAAAGCCUUUUUUCAAGUCAGCAAGGUAAUUUUCAGGAAUACCUUCUGGGACCAUCAGCAGAUUCAUGUGUAUGUGGUGGUUUAGGACACCUGGCAAUGGCUCUGAGCCACGGAAAUGAAACUAGCAUGAAACUGCUGCAAAGCAUUGUUACAUAUCAGCAAGAGACAGCAGGACACAGUGGCUCUUCCCAGUUAAAUGUUGCAGAAAUUGUGACAUGCUGCUUAGUGGGCCUGCCUGAAAGCUAUUCUUGUGCCUCCCCAGGCUUUGUCACAUUGGUAUCACCAGAACAAGUCACAGUUAUCAAACGCUUUGAAGACAAACUCCUUCGGAUUCUGCUAAUAGAUGGUGACCUAACAGAGCAAUAUCGUCACUUAGGUUUUAACAGACCGUGUAAUAUGAGGACCAUAGUGGAGCAUCCUAACCUACAGGAAGGAGACCUGUGGCUAAGCAGUAUGGUAGAUAAUCUGAUAAAAUUUGAAGUAAACCUGGUUUUGGUCAAAGGAAAUGUGUGUGAAAACUUAAUGGAAAGAUGCAUUGCAAAUAGUAUAUUGUUAGUUAGUUCUGUGACUUGGAAUGUGUUGUGUGCCUUUGGGGAAGUCACUGGCGCUCAGCCAGUGACAUACCUCACCCAGCUGAACGUUUCUUGUGUGGGGAGUGGGGCCCAAGUGGAGUUGUGGAAGGCCUGUGAUGGGCGUGCAAUGGAUCUGGGUGAACUCGUGCCGGUCAGAAUAAAAGCACGAGGAAUUCCCCUGCUCACAGCUGUGCUUACCACUACUGUAGCUUCAAAGAUGCAGCUCAUUGAAGACCAGUUCUGGACGUUAGUGUAUCGACUCCACCAUGCUUUAAAUGACAAGAAGGUUUUUAUUGGUGGUGGUGCAGUGGAACUCUUGUGCCUCAGUCACAUUCAGAUGCUUGUCGAACAGCCUUUACAGCCACCAAAUCAAAAUGCUGUGAAAGAGUUUCACAAUCCUUGGCAGCCAGCAUCUGCUACUGAGUAUAAAUCAGUUGUGCUCCAAGCGUUAGCAAGCGGCUGGAAACAGUAUCUCUUGAUGGUUAUGUGUAACACCACAAAAGCUGCAUCGAAGUUGGAAGCGUGCACCUCAGUUGACCAUUACCUCAGAAAAGCAGCUGACUGUGGCUCUCCUUCAGCAUACAUACUGAAAGAGUUUAGAAGAGGUGAUCUGCUCAGGGACGGAGCUGGUCCCUUCGCUGACCACAGGGAGGGUUUAAAGGUUUAUGAUAAUGUUACAGCCAAGACAGAGGCAUGGCGGAGAGCUCUAGAUUUGGUGCUACUAGUACUUCAAACAGAUGCUGAAAUUGUCACAGGUCCCAGAAAGAAUCAGAUACUGAACUCACAUGCCUCAAGUGAAUUUAUGUUUUUAUAGGAUUUGCAGGCUUUAUUUAUAAGUCCAUGAGUCCAAGGGCAACCUACACUUCUUCAUAGUUUAUAAAGCAAACAUUUAGAUAUGAUUAUGACUUUGGAGCCCAACAGCGGAAAUCAGAAGAUGCGACAGUCACAAAGUAAUUUCUCAUUUCUAGAAACAGGAGUUAAAAAACAGAUAGAAAUCACUUGUGGAUUUCUCUCUAACCCCAGCUGUGCAUUUCUAGCCAAUAAUAUUGUUCAUAUGGAUAGAUUCAUCCAGUCAAACUGACUAAUGUUAUUUAGCAGAGCAAAUGUGCAAUUCUUUUUUUCAUUAUAAUGAGAAGUGCUAGGCAGGUAGACAUAUUGAGUCCAGAUGGAGAAAAGUUUGAUACCUUGGAUAUGCUUAUGUUCUGAACAUACACUGUCUGUAUUGAGGUAUCUGGAUUUGUGUUCUGUAAAUUAUUCUUAGUUAACGUCUUUUAAUGUCUUCUAAAGAAGAAUAGGGACAUAACAUUAGCAUAUUUGUGUUAAUUUCUGUACAAUGCAAAUGGAAGAGUUAAAUGCAGUAAUUAUGAGUGCUACAUUUUAUGCUGAAAGAUUGUAUUAAUAGAUGCUAAUUUUGCAUAUUUAUAUGUAUGUCCUAUUUCAAAUAUAUACCCUUUGAAAUUUUCUUCAUUUUGACAUAAAUUUAGGCAGAAUCCUCCCCUUUGGUGUUACAGACUGGAUGUGUCUCUACAAAAAAUUUCCCUUAAUUUGCAAGUUGGCUUUUUAGAUUA